GGCGGCGGAGCGAUGAGCGGGUCGAACCCGAGGGCCGCGGCGGCGGGGUCUGCAUCCGGACCUGGGGGGCUGGUGGCUAGCAAGGAAGAGAAGAAGAAGGCGGGCGGCGGCGUUCUGAACCGGCUCAAGGCGCGGCGGCAGGCGCCCCACCACGCGGCCGAUGACGGCAUCGGGGCAGCGGUCACGGAGCAAGAGCUGCUGGCGCUGGACACCAUCCGGCCCGAGCACGUCCUGCGCCUCAGCCGGGUCACGGAGAAUUAUUUAUGUAAACCUGAAGACAACAUCUACAGUAUUGACUUCACCCGCUUCAAAAUUCGAGAUCUGGAAACAGGGACAGUGCUUUUUGAGAUUGCCAAACCUUGUGUUUCAGACCAGGAGGAGGAGGAAGAGGAGGAAGGUGGAGAUGUGGAUAUCAGUGCAGGGCGUUUCGUCCGCUAUCAGUUCACACCAGCAUUUCUCCGUCUCCGCACAGUCGGGGCUACGGUGGAGUUCACAGUGGGAGACAAACCUGUGUCAAACUUCCGGAUGAUUGAACGGCACUAUUUCCGGGAACGCUUGCUGAAAAACUUUGACUUUGGUUUUGGCUUCUGCAUCCCCAACAGUAGGAACACUUGUGAACAUAUCUAUGAAUUUCCCCAGCUUUCUGAGGAUGUCAUUCGUCUGAUGAUUGAAAAUCCUUAUGAGACCCGCUCUGACAGCUUCUACUUUGUUGACAACAAGCUGAUAAUGCACAACAAGGCUGAUUAUGCCUAUAAUGGAGGCCAGUAACUGCUGCAAGAGUGGACAGGGGAGGUGCUUUGCUGUAACCACAUAGUCCUGGCACACGGAGGUGAUUGAAGCUGCUGUUUGUCAACACAUACCUGGAAUCUGGCCCUGGGAAGCCAGGGCUGGGGUGGAAGCUUCCUGUGCUCCAAGGGAGGUACCAAACAGUGCUGUGUUUUCUUCCCUGGUAUUUUUUCUUCCCUUUCUCCCCCUGCCUCUUAGGUCGCAGAAGUACUAUAGUAAAGUAAAAGAUUCGGAUAGGGUUUUUGGAAUCCAGAUAAAAAGAAAAGUUAUUUUCAUGUAGUUCUAGCUGUCUACUGGUUGUCCUGACAAGCUUUGAUCUCUUCGGGCAUAGCUGUGCCCAGGUGAGAAGGCUCUGGCCAGGCCCAUGUGCAGGUUAGUAGCUCUCCUUGAGGUUCCUGGGUGCUGUGAGAACUUUAAAGGUAGGCCUCUUCCAGGCAAUUCCUCCUCUCACUUCUGGUGUUGCCAUCAGCACAGUCUGUCCUCAGCCUAUGCUUAGUCUUAAACCAACUGGAAGAAAUUUGAAGGGGUGGAGGUCUGGGGUGGUACCUAGAAUGGAUUUACCAGGGAUGGGGGAUGCUGUCAAACUGAAAGAUCCAUUUUGUGGAGAGGACUGCUGAUCUGUCUGACUUCCAGGAUCCUCAGUGAGUCCUCCUGAGCACGGACUGAGGUUUCAGCCUGGCACUGCCUUUUUGUGCUCAUUUUGGAGGACAGAUGAGCUUGCUCUGCUUCUCCUGGCUCCUAACUUUGAGUAUCUCCUGAGAUAGAAUGUGUCGGUUUUGCUCAUGGAACAGUAGUAUCUCUUGAGGUCAGAGCAGGCCUUGUCAUAUUUUGUUUAUUUCCGGACUUCUUUUUGUGAGGUUUUAUAAAAUGUCAGCAGUGUUCCCAGCAUUUGUGAUGUGUGGUUAGACUACUGAUAAUAUUCAUCAGGCUUCCAGGGCUAAUCUCACUCAUGCUGGGGAAGGUAUAGUUACAAACUAGCAGCUUCUUUAAAGGAAAGAUCUGAUUUUCUCUACAUAGCAGCCUGGCUUUUGAUGAGGAUCUGCCUCUGAAACUUUUUGUAUAUUCCUUAUGUAGGAGGGUUUUCCUGUCUGCCUUUCUACUGAAGUAGUUUCUGGAAUUAUCCUGGCAAGUCAGACCUAAGUAAUGCAUAUUCUGAUCCUUCAAGCUGCUAGUUGGAAUUGUUUUGGGUGUUUGGCAAGGGCAAAGUAGGCUGAAAUGGAUUGUCAGUGUGAUGUGCUCUCAAGAAAGCUCCCUUGCACAUCCUGUGGGCUACUUUUGUCUUCAGACUCUUAUUGGACAGACUCUCACCUUCUCAGUUCCCUGCAGUUGUCUGUGUGGAUGGCUUUAGGUGCUCAGCCCAGACUUUAGUACCAAUGUCCAUUUAGCAUUGAUGAAAAGUGUCAGUAGGAAGAGCCCAGGUGUGUGAGGCAUCACAGUACCUGUCACAGGAUUGCUUUGUCCCAGGAUGCUUGGGAAAAAGGCCAUGUGGGGCCAGUAAAGAAGGGCCAGCACUUUGCCACAGAAGUCCUUGUGCAUUCGCCAAACAGUUUUGCUCCCUGUUUGAAUUCUAGAGAGUGAGUGGCCUUGAACCUUGGCCCAGUGUGUUGUGCCAGGCCAGAGUCUCGGCGAUGCCAUAUGUUGGCAGCCUUCUCACUGAGAAAGCCCUAGGAUACCCUUGUGUGAUGGUACUGGUUUCAACCGCCGAGGGAAGGAAGAGACUAUGCACCUUGCAGAGUGGGUUCCUCAUCACCAGACCAGGCGAAUCUCAGAACUGGAGUCAACUACAAAUCCAGGUGCCUUAAGUGUGGCUCUGUCCCAUAUGCUGCUGGGGAAAGCUGCAUUGCCAUCGUCCCCUCCUCCUCAUCUGUGGGCAGACAUCAGCACUGUCUCCUUACCUUCUGUUUCUCAUUGUGGCUCCUCUAAUGGGAUUUGCAUGUUUCUGUCAAGCUUUAGAAACAUCCCUUCUCUCUGACAGAAGCCCAAUUGGGAGAGUUUCUACUAUUUGAUAUUUAAACAUUAUCCAGGAUGUGUUUUCCAGAGCUGCCCAGAGCUCUGCUCAAUGGAGUAUGUUUGGAAAUGUGCCCCAGGAUAGACUGUAUCUUGUACACUAGUGUGCUAGCUCUUAUCUGCAGUGUUGACUUUUGCUAGGAAGAGGACCCGGAGGAUGGGGGAGGUACUCUGGCUUGAGCAGUGCGGUAUCCUCUUCCCUGUCAGUUUGCCUUAGUUUCACUGGAGACCAUUCUAAGGCCAAGUGCUUAAUCUGUGCCCAGUAGGACAGGGAUUUGCCAUCCUCCAACCUUGAAGAUAUGAUGCUCUAUAUCUGGGGCUCUGGUUCCUGUGUCUAGCUGCUCAGGAAAUCUUGAGAAGCAUUACUACUCUGGAGUGUUAACUGGGAUGAAUUUGAAAUUCAAGCUUUUGUACGUGAAUUGAGGAGAGAAUUGGAAAUCAUGCUUUCUCUGAAAGUAAUUGAACCAAUCAGAAGAUGAAUCAGGAGGCUGUAUUAUUAAGGGAUCUAGUCUCCUGAUAUCACUUGUCUUGUGGCUGAUACAAUGGGAGGGGAAAAAAAAAAAAACUACCUGCAUGGGGAGACCAUGCCCUCUGUUAAGAGCUGGCAUCUGAGAGGUAGCUCCAGGGGGAACACAUUCCAGCAGACUGUCAGGCCCACCUGGUACCACGGGGCCUGCUGCCUGCACCCCUUCCUCUCCUGUAUUGUCCCUGUCCCUCUGCCUUGGAAUCUCCUGGAGAAAGCCUUUCUUUUCCUGUGAAGCCUUUGGACUAAGAUGCCCAGCUAGCUUCUCUGAAGAAGAUCCUGGUUUAUUUUGUUCUGUGUUCUAAAGGGUAAACAGAGGAAAAAACUAAAAGUACUUUCGGGCCAAAGUAGGCUGUUGUUUCCUUACGUAUUAGCUCAAAGCUGGCUUGCAGAGAAAACAUUUUUCGGGGUCAUGUACUUCCUGAAGACACUUCAGUCUUUGGGCCAUCUGAUUGCCAAUACAUAGGGACACUGAUUUGGGGAUGUUUGGGGCUAACUAUAGAUUGGCGAUUCUUGAAAUGGCAGCGAUUGGGCAAUCUUCAACUUAUUUUUUCACUUGAAGUGGAACUCAUUUCUGGAGCAGAUUUAAUAGACUGUGUCUAAUGUACAAAUUGGAUGAAUUCUGCCUUAAUGUGUCCUGACACCCCUGGUAGGCUCCCAGGGUACUCUUUUUUCUCUGUGAAGUCAUUUUCUUUUGGUUGCCAAUGUCAACAUGAUGUCAGAGUGGUUUGGGAAUGGGGAUAGCCUGAUCUAAAAAUCACAGCACAGAUUCCUUUCCAGUGCACAAGGAUUCCUGCUGCAGAGAAUGCUGCUGUACCUUGUAUAGGAGCCUAAUCACUGAACCAUCAUGUUACUUACAUUCCAUGUCACAGAACAUCUUAGCCACAAGAAGGAUCUGGUGGAGGUGGAUUUACCCGUUGUUUUGCAAAGGAUCAUGUAAAGUUAUUGAAUUUGUGAAAGUCUAUUUUUUCCCUGUAAAUCUAUUUUUCACAGAAUAUAAGAAACAUCAAUGACCUGAUCUGUCCUUCCUCCUCUUUUCCACUUCACCCAAGAUCCUCAUUCCAGUUUGUAUUGCCUUUGUGUCCAGAGUAAACUAGGUGACUUAUUUGUAUAAAAUGUUAUUUUGCCACAAGAGACAGUAAUAAAAGAAACAUU